AUGAUCCGAGCUGCUGCCGGUUGCAGCAAAAACCUAUCUGGUUGUUUCAUCAGAGGUAAUCAGGGAAUAUCGCAGUUAUUUUUCGAUCGAUUCAGUUUUAGUUGGAUCGAAACGAACUUUCGCGGCUCCCGCAGCAAAAGCAAACGCGGCUGGUGCUGUUAAGGCAAGAUUUACUUGUCCGUGUCUGCAAAAACGGCCGCUAAUUUUUGAAUUCAAAGAGUUCCUAGGUCGACAAGUCGUUCGUGGAAGAAGAUGCUGAAAAGCUGGCCACUCACGUCUGUAUAAAUGCCUAUGUUCAAGGUAUAUUUUGUUGUAAAGAAAGAGUUAUCAAGGUUUCUUUUUCAAAAAAAUUUUGGCUCGUGUAAGCUCAAAAAAAAAAACGAAAAAAAAAUCAUAGUUUUGGUUAACUUCUAAACUCUAAAUGUCCUAUUGAAGCAAUUCAUCCGAAUGAUUGCCUGUCUUUUUUAUUUCCAGCUACUUGCUUAACUUUAUCAUUUAAGCUUUUAGUAGACAUAAUGAACAUGAAUAUUCAGGAGAGGAACCCGGUCCGAAAAUUCUUCCCGACUCUGAGUAUCCAAAAUGGUUAUUCGAACUGGAUUUGAGUCCACCAAAGUCAUUAGAAGACUUAGAUCCUGAGAAAGUAUGUUUAUAUCCAUCUCUGUUGUUAUCUUUUUAUGUUGAAGGAUGGUUGGGCUUAUUGGAGGGCCCUGCGAAAACGGCAACUUGAACAAAAUAGGCGAAUCGCUAAACUGAAAACUAGGUUGGAAAUAUUCAUAGUGCAUGAAAUUAUCUUCAUUCUGCAGGUUCCUUCACCUCCAAGAUAGCCCGAGUAUGCGGAAAACGUCGAAGUAA